AUGAAAAAGAGUAUAGAAAUGCUGCUGGAGACGUACAAGAGCCUCGGAAUAUACAAAGAACAGAAGGGCAGAGUGGCAAGGUACUCUGACAAGUACAGAAAAGACAAAGACGGAACUGUUAACAUCAUAGCAGCGAUCCACAACAGAUCAGAAGAGUAUCCGAACGAGCUGGUAGAGGCAGGCUUUGGGCACGGGUCAAAAUACAAAACAAAAGGAGCAGCAGAAGAGCUGAUAUUCACAACAAAGAUAGACAGCGAGGUGGAAGAGUCAGAAGAGAGCGAGAACAAAGAGCCCUCAGAGAACGAAGACAUGGAGAAUGACUACAUGGAGAACUACUACGACAACGACGAAAGAGAAACAGAAGAGGAGGAGGAAGAUGUAAUGUAA